UCGAUCGCGGUGUAUAAAUGUUUAAUACGCUUAUAUUGUAUUAUAUUUCAGUAUAUAAUCGUCGUAUUCAUUCUUAGACGUAUACAAUAUCUGUCUACGCUCGCACCGCAGCACGCCACGCGCUUCGUAUUAUAUAUUUAUGUUAUUAUUCUAGAGACAAUCGUAAGCGCACGCUCGCACCGGUUUUGCUCGUCUUCGUUUUUUCGCGCUCGUUUCAGUACCUACUUCUAUAUAUAUAAUAUAUAUGUAUUAUACUAUAUUAUAAAAGCUAUAAUAAUCUGUACCGUACAAACAUAAUAUUGUACGAUAAUUAAAUACAAUUCUUUUAAUCGAAAAAAUUUACACUCGGUCGUGAGUAGAUUUUUUUCGCGGUUCGACGUUUUUUUACGGUUACGACAAUUCUUUGUCACACGUGAUGCGUUGACCGAGACCGUUGUCAACGUCUUCAGCUCGUUCUAUUGUAUCGCAGCAAAGACGUGCGUACAGUAUUCAAGACGUCCACCGAGGUACACAAGCCACUCAUCAAAAGUGCAUACCCGGAGAUCUGGGUGCUGUAACUGCACUGCACGACCGGCGAACGAACAGGGAACGAUUGAUGCUCGACUAGCAGUGCAUCGCCGGACCGAGGACAUAAUCCGCCAUCAUGGUGCACGCAGGAUCUUGUGGCGACCGGCUACACGAUAUAUUGGUCAGCUAUUUGCCGAUACUGACAUGGAUGCCAAAGUACAAGAAGUCGGACUUGCUGUAUGACGCCGUGUCGGGUGUCACUGUCGCGCUCACGCUGAUGCCUCAAUCUAUAGCUUACGCGUCGCUUGCGGGAUUGGACCCACUCUUUGGAUUGUAUGCUGCAUGCUUCGGUAGCUUGAUGUACAUAAUAUUUGGAUCAGUACGUCAAAUUACUAUUGGUCCUGCAUCCGUUGUUGCGUUGCUCACUUUCAACUACGUCAAUCCAGAGUUACCAACUACGGCAGUAAUUCUCUGCUUUGUGUCUGGAAUUGUCGAGCUCAUCUGUGGACUUUUCCGCUUAGGAUUCGUUGUGGAAUUCGUAUCGAUGCCGGUGACGGGUGGAUUUACAUCGGCUGCAGCUAUUAUUAUGGCCUCCUCACAAUUGAAAGGAUUGUUCGGACUAACAUAUGACGCCAAAAAUUGCGUGGAAAUGUGGGUAAAGUUUGUUGAACACGUCGAACAUUUUCGAUUGGCAGACACCGCUAUGGGACUGAUAUGUAUCUUCGUGCUGGUAGGACUGAAGAGCUUAAAAUCCAUUAAAGUCAAUGCUAAAGGAAUAAAAGCAAAAUCAUAUUCAGCGAUACUAUUUUUAUUGACCACCGGAAGCAAUGUUCUCGUAGUCGUCGUAUCGUCGAUAAUCGCAUAUUUUUCAAUCAGACAAGGCCAAUCACCAUUAGUAUUGACAGGUACCAUAGCGAGUGGCAUACCGCAAUUUCGGUUUCCGUUUUUGGACUACGAAGACGAAGACGAGAAGUUUACCUUUUUUGAAGGUUUGUCCAGGUUAUGGCCCGGUGCGAUAGUUGUACCGUUGGUGUCGAUUUUAAGCACAGUGUCGGUCGCUAAGGCAUUCAGUGGUGGAAAAGUCGUCGAUGCAUCACAAGAGAUGAUAGCGUUGGGAUUCUGUAAUAUUUUCAGCUCGUUUAUGGGAUCUAUGCCCGUAGCGGGAAGUAUGACCCGGUCUGCUCUUAACCAUACCACCGGUGUCCGUACAACGUUCAGCUCAAUAUUUACAACCAUAUUGGGAAUGUUGUCGUUGUUGUUUUUGACACCACUUCUCUACUACAUACCCAAGUCUAGUCUGUCUGCUGUACUCAUAUGUGCGAUGACUUCAAUGUUUCGAUAUGACAUGGCAAUUUCGUUAUGGAAAACCAAUAGACGUGAUCUAAUACCGUUCACCACGGCGUUCGUCUCAUGUUUGAUAUUCGACGUCGAGCUUGGACUUCUGUUCGGAAUCUGUGUUGACUUGUUGUGCGUGCUCUACCGCAGCGCUAGACCGUCGAUUUCUAUCGAAAAAGAAACUAACUCGGGUUGCGUGAAAUGGGUGGUUAGGCCUAGCAGCGGGCUACUGUUCCCGGCUGUGGACUUUAUGCGACAGCGGAUCAUUGCCGAGAUGUCGUCUUCGGAACGCUCGAACAAACCGAAACUCAUAAUCGUGGACUGCGUUCAUUUCGACAAGACCGACUUCACAGCUGCCCAAGGAAUCAAAUCGUUGAUAAAUGAACUGAAAGCCGAGUCAUGUCAACUCGAACUGAUGAACGCCAAAGAGUGUGUAGCGGUUAUAUUGGAAGCCACUCUAAACGUUAAAAUCUUGUCAAUGGUUCCUCUUCAAGAUUCGAUUAAAAAAUUUAAUUUUAUUCAGCCUGAUCUGACUGGAAUUGAAUCAAUGACAUUACACGAGAUGAAAAUGAACAAUAUUUGUGAACGUAAAGCGUGA